AUGUUCAUGAAGAAGGCCCUCCUCAUCGCUGCCCUCGCCGCCGCCCCCGCCACCGUCCUGGCCUACGAACCAGUGACCUGCACAACAAAGAACGCGACCCAGCCCAUCAUCACUUCCAUCGACUCUGCCAGCCAAUUCUGCACCUUCAUGACCGGAUACGGAGUCGCCCCCGUCGCCCCCAACGAAGGCUGUGGAGCUGUCUACUGUUACGGCAAACAAACGAACGGUGGUCUCAAAAUGCCCGAUGGUUACAUUCUUUCUACCAAUUACCUCAAGAACGAUACCGCCCAGUAUGUCCAGGUGACUGGAUGUAUCGACUCUGCGGUGUGGGCCCAGGAUCCCUUGGACGAUGGUGGACAGAUGGAUUCGCACGGAUGGCCUUAUUCUUGUGCCGGGUACAACAAGUUUGUGUCGCUGCUUGAGCCUGCGACGAAUACCUUCUGUAUUCGCUGCUGUAUGACGACCGAUAACUCUGACUGCAACACCAGCAUCUCGACAAAGGGCUGCUGGAACGUCGUUCCCGGCACCUACACCAUGGCCGACGGAUCCGCCUGCAAGCCCCCCGCAGGCUCUAACACCACCGCCACCCCUACCGCCCCCAUCAUCACCACCGGAACCGCCACCGCCUCCAUCCCCGGUGCCUCUGUCUCUUCCAGUGCUGGUGCCGGUGCUAGUGCUGGUGCCGGUGCAGGUGCCAGUGCAGGUGCAGGUGCCUCCCCCACCGGAUCCAACCCUACCAACAAGAACGCUGCUGGUUCUAUUGAGGCUUCUUCGGCGACUACCUUGUUUGCUGGUGUUGCUGCUGCCCUUGUUGCCGUUGCCGCCGCUGCCAUCUAA